CGAAUGGAGCUUUUCGCCAUUAACCACGAAAUACGUUGAAAGCUUUGGGGAGUCUGGAAUUCGCGAUAAGGCAUUAGUAUGCUUGGAAAACCACAGAACACAUGUCGCAGAACAGUGAAGAUCGCAAGCUCAAGCACCUCUUCGAUGGCGGCGCCUGGAACGUCUACGAGCCGGACAUCCUAAACCUCGGGGUUGGGGCUCCAGGCACAGAUCUCCUCGCCUCCAACUGCGACAACUUCAGGAAGGCCACGGACCAUUGCCUGCAACGGGAACUGCGGGACAACCAGUCGCUGAUUUUCCAGUAUGGACCCACCAGUGGGGCGUACGAGGUGCGCCAUGAGAUCGCCACAUAUUUCAGCGAAAUGUAUGGGAGCCCCGUCAAGAGUGAGGACUUAAUGAUCACCACUGGAGCUACCCAGGGCCUUCACCUACUUCUCUCGACGGUGGUCGACUUCCAGGGCUUUAUAUUCGUGGAUGAGUACACCUAUAUGAUAGCCCUGGAUAGUAUGAAGCAUUUCACCAGUCUCACCAUAGUUCCUGUGAAGCUCAACGAUGAUGGUGUGGAUCUGAAGGAUCUCGAGGAGCAGGUGGCCAAGCGACGCUUUGAUUCAAAGACCAAGGAGUUCUGGGGUAUAUACUACACUAUACCCACCUAUCAUAAUCCCACAGGGAUAUUGUUUUCACCAGAGAUUUGUCGUGGGAUUGUGCAGCUGGCCCGCAAAUACGACUUCCUGGUGGUCUGCGAUGAUGUCUAUACUAUCCUGCAUUAUGGCGAGAAACCGAAACAUUCCCGCCUGAUGUCCUAUGACGACAGAAGCGAUCCCAACUUUGCAGGCCAUGUCGUUUCCAAUGGAAGCUUUUCAAAGAUCCUGGGACCUGGCGUACGCGUGGGUUGGCUGGAGGUUCCGCCGCGGAUUAAGCCAAUCUUGGAUGGAAGUGGGUUUGCCAACAGCGGCGGUUGUUUUAACAAUUACACGGCUGGUAUUGUGGGUAGCCUCUUCGAGCUGAGGCUGGCCCAGAAGCAGAUUGCUCGCUUCUACGAGGCCUACAAGGAACGCAUGCUGGCCACCACCCAGGUGCUCCGCAAUGAGCUGCCCGAGGGAUGCAAAUUGGUCAGUCCCACGGGUGGGUACUUCAUCUGGGUGCGGCUACCCGAUCCGCUCGAUGCCAGGGAAUUCCUCAAGUACAGUUUGGAGCAUCACAAGAUUUACUUUAUAGCCGGACCACGCUUCUCCUUGGAUGGCGAGACGGGUAAGCAGUUCUUCCGGUUGUCCAUUGCCUUUUACCCGAAAGAUAAGCUGGUGGAUGGUGCCAGGAGGCUAUGCCACGCCCUCAGGGAUUAUAUAAAGGACGUAUCUUAAUAUGGCAAAACAAUUUUAUUGAUGUGGGCUGACUGCUAUCGUACUUUAAAUAAGGCUUAUAAAGAUGUGACUUGGCACUAAACUACUUAUCAAGAUGUUAUCUACUACAUAAAGAGAUAUACGAUAUACACACA